CCCCCGCCCCGCCCCCCGCUAUGCGGCCCUCCCCGACUGCGCUGUGGCUGGGUCUGUCUUGGGCUUUGGCCCUCCUGGCUGUGGGGUGGGCUUCAGCCCGGGCCCCUAUCUAUGUCAGCAGCUGGGCCGUGCGGGUGACCCAGGGUUACCAGGAGGCUGAGCGCCUGGCACGUAAAUUUGGCUUCGUCAACCUGGGACAGAUCUUCCCUGACGACCAGUAUUUCCAUCUACGGCACCGGGGUGUGGCCCAGCAGUCCCUGACUCCUCACUGGGGCCACCGUCUGCGUCUGAAGAAAGAGCCCAAGGUGCGGUGGUUUGAGCAGCAGACGUUGAGGCGGCGGGUGAAGCGCUCCCUCGUGGUGCCCACAGACCCCUGGUUUCCCAAGCAAUGGUACAUGAACAACGAGAUGCAACCAGAUCUCAACAUCCUGAAGGUCUGGAGCCAGGGUCUGACUGGCCGGGGAGUGGUGGUCUCCAUCUUGGACGAUGGCAUCGAGAAGGACCACCCGGACCUGUGGGCUAAUUAUGACCCUCUGGCCAGCUAUGACUUUAAUGACUAUGACCCAGAUCCCCAGCCUCGCUACACACCCAGCGACGAGAACCGGCAUGGGACCCGCUGCGCCGGGGAGGUGUCUGCCACAGCUAACAACGGUUUCUGUGGUGCCGGUGUGGCCUUCAACGCCAAAAUUGGAGGCGUGCGCAUGUUGGACGGGACCAUCACGGACAUCGUGGAGGCGCAGUCGCUCAGCCUGCAGCCGCAACACAUACACAUCUACAGCGCCAGCUGGGGCCCUGAGGAUGACGGUCGCACGGUGGACGGGCCGGGCGUCCUCACCCGGGAAGCCUUCAGGCGCGGUGUGACCAAGGGUCGCCAAGGGCUGGGCACACUGUUCAUCUGGGCCUCGGGAAACGGUGGCCUCCAUUACGACAACUGCAAUUGUGACGGCUACACCAACAGCAUCCACACACUGUCAGUGGGCAGCACCACGCGGCAGGGCCGGGUGCCCUGGUACAGCGAGGCCUGCGCCUCCACCUUCACCACCACCUUCAGCAGCGGCGUGGCCACCGACCCACAGAUCGUCACCACGGACCUGCACCACCAGUGCACAGACAAGCACACGGGCACCUCGGCCUCCGCCCCGCUGGCCGCCGGCAUGAUCGCCCUGGCUCUGGAGGCCAACCCGCUCCUGACCUGGAGGGACAUGCAGCACCUGGUGGUCCGCGCGUCCAGGUCGGCGCAGCUGCAGGCAGAGGACUGGAGGAUCAACGGCGUGGGGCGCCAAGUGAGCCACCACUAUGGCUAUGGACUGCUGGACGCGGGGCUGCUGGUGGACCUGGCUCGCGUGUGGCUGCCCACUCAGCCGCAGAAGAAAUGUACCAUUCGGGUGGUGCAAAGCCCCACCCCCAUCGUGCCUCGGAUGCUGGUGGCGAAGAACGUCUCCGCGUGCUCCGGUGGCUCGCGCCGCCUCAUCCGCUCGCUGGAGCACGUGCAGGUCCAGCUGUCACUGACCUACAGCCGCCGCGGGGACCUGGAGAUCUCCCUCACCAGCCCCAUGGGCACGCGCUCCACGCUCGUGGCCAUCAGACCCUUGGAUAUCAGCGGCCAAGGCUACAACAACUGGAUCUUCAUGUCCACCCACUACUGGGAUGAGGACCCGCAGGGCCUGUGGACCCUGGGCCUAGAGAACAAGGGCUACUAUUUUAACACAGGAACUCUGUACUACUAUACGCUGCUGCUGUACGGGACGGCCGAGGACAUGACAGCGCGGCCCUACGGCUCCCAGGUGACCACGCACGUGUGUGCAGAGGGACACAGAGGGGCUGUGCCAGGAGAGUCACCGUCCCCCCUUCAUCCUGGUCAGGCUCUCAAGGCUCCACACCUACACACAGCAGCCAGUGACCAAGGGAACAGGGCAGCGGUGACCCUCCUGAGAGCCUCCUGGGGUGACCUGGCCAGCGACUACACUGCCUGUUCCCUGUCCCUCACGCUGGGCGAGCUCCAGGCCUCCUCCAAGGCCUGCCACCUCCAGUGGCCACUCCGGUUACCAGUCCCGGGCCAAAGUACUGGCCCUGCUGGCCAGGGCCUUCAGGAGACCCCUCUCUGCUUGAGGAAGGCCCACCUACCCCAGGCUAGACAUCCCAAUGCUCACGACCAUGAGUGCACAGCACCCUGAAGGCUGGGGAGCCAGAGAUGCCUGAGUCUAGGGACAGAAGGGGAACCCUAAGACCCCGAUCCCAGGAUGGAAUAGGACCUGCCCCAGGGGGGCCCCUGCACGGGUGACGUGAGGGCCCCCGGCUCAGCCUUGUCUGCUCCCAGUGGAAGAGCUGUCUCCUUCCUUCGCUUUGCAAAGAGCAGGACAAGGGUGGACAGUGCUCGGGCCACAGCCACUGACCAUCUGUCCCUUCCCUGUCCCAGAACCAUCCACAGCCCUGUGUCUGACCUCAUCGUUGGCAAAUAAAAGUUAAAUAGAA